AUGAAUUAUAUUAAGCUAACGUUCGACAAGCUGGACGUUGGUGCGCUGAGCGAGCUGGUAGCACACGAAAGCUGCGGUGCGGUAUCGCUAUUCGUGGGCACAACGAGGGACAACUUCGAGGGUAAAACCGUGGUGCUGCUGCAGUACGAGGCGUAUGAGGCGAUGGCCUUGAAAACCAUGAACCACCUGUGUGAGGAGGUUCGCGGUCGAUGGCCGGACGUGGUCAACAUCGGGAUUCACCAUCGGUUGGGCACGGUACCGGUGAAGGAGGCAUCCGUGGUCAUUGCGAUCAGCUCACCGCAUCGCCAAUCGAGCCUGGAAGCCGUUCACUUCACCAUCGACGAGCUGAAGAAGUCGGUGCCCGUAUGGAAGAAGGAGCAGUACCGCGAAGGAGAGGGUAGCUCGGAAUGGAAAGAGAACAGCGAGUGUACUUGGUCGCAAAAGUACAAGGACAAUCAUAUACUGUAGCGGGGCGGGGGGCUAGCGCAACCCAUCCGCUACACUAAUGAUCAUGCACGCGAUCAUCGCCUUAAAGGAAGCGAUCGACAGCAUAGCUGUUGGAUGUCGGUUAUGACAUGAAAAUGACUACGGUGCUCCGGACAUGAUUCCAUUUGUUGAAUAAUGCUUAGGGCGAUCUUUAAGACAAACGAACAAAAAACUGCACAAUCAUCGUACAGCGUAUGCGUAUGAUAUCAGCUCGUCAAUCAUCUUCAUCGAGAGGCGGAUGCCCAAGAGAUAGCGAUACAGGGUGUUCUAGGAGCAACAAGCACAUAACUCGUUUUCACUCCACAAAGUAAACUUUCCUAAGGUACAAGAUGAAUAGCAAUAAAGAUUGCGAGUCGAAAACUUUGGUGCAAUAAAAUUUAAAACUAGAAUGUGAUGAGAACUUUAAUAAAAACUAUUUACCAAAAAUUUAC